GUUACAACAACAGUCUGAACCAGCGUCGUUCGCUGAACCCAGAACUGGCCUUCAUCCCUGUUCGACCAGUAGUAGCUGCUUCAGAGCCUGCUAAUACCAUCAAGAAUUGGACCUAGUGCCUUGCUGUCUUUCCUAUCUCUCUUAGUUUUUCGUGCUCUUGUUGGAUCACGACUCAGGAGAUGAUGGUGAGAAGAGGGCUUUGGAGGAGACUGCUGUUGUUGGUCAAUCUGUUGAGCCUUAUGGAGCUCAUUGGCUCCUGUGGCUCUCCUGAGGUUUGCAAUACGGUUUUACUACCUGGACCUAAAGGAGACAAGGGGGAAGCUGGAGACGUUGGAGAGCAGGGGACCCAGGGGAAGCUCGGGCCCCCAGGAGCCCAAGGGGCCACAGGAGAGACUGGUCUUCUGGGAGAGCCUGGUCACAUGGGAAAGAUGGGGCCAAUAGGAGACAGAGGUGAGAAAGGUGUUACGGGCUGGACUGGACCAUCUGGAAUACAAGGAAAACCUGGUACAACCUGUGACUGUGGGAGGUACCGGAAGGUGGUGGGACAGCUGGACAUCAACAUCGGACGACUGCAAAACGCUCUCAAAUUUAUAAAGAACGUGCUCUUGGGCCUGAGGGAGACGGAGGAGCGCUACUACCUGCUGGUGACAGAGUCCCGGGCCUUCGAGGAGGCCCUGGUCAGCUGUCGGCUCAGGGGCGGGGCGCUGGCCAUGCCCAAGACCAGGGACGCCAACCGCCUGCUGGCCGACUACGUCAGCGGCUCGGGUCUCACCGCCGUGUUCAUCGGCCUGCAGGCCCGGAGCGUGAACGGCACCAGGACCCAGGAGGAGUACGUCUUCGCGGACUCCAGCCCUCUGGGGGGCUUCGCCGCCUGGGGCCCAGGCCAAGGGUCCCCCAGCGGCACCAACAACUCCAGCUGCGUGGAGUUGCUCGACACCGGCAGCUGGGCCCCCGCGGCCUGCCACCUCGCCAUGUUCUACAUCUGUGAGUUCCCCAAGACCAGGAGAAGAGUUGGCGCUGCUGGUUGAGGAGGCGGAGGUGGAGGUAGUGGUGGUGCUGGUGGUAGUGCUGAUGCUGGUGGUAGUGGUGGUGCUGUUGCUGGUGGUAGUGGUGGUGGUAGUGUUGCUGGUGGAGGAGGUGGUGUUGCUGGUGGAGGAGGAGGGGGUGGUGGUGCCACGCAAGGUUGAUGGGAGGAGUGGACUGAUGAGCGGAGAUGCCAAAGGGGGCUCCUCCUUUGGAAUCCAAGAUGGCCGUCUAACUGUAGACACGCCAACUGCGAUUUGUUUGUUGCUCCAUUUUCCCUCUCUUUUUACUCGAUGUGAUGUUUACACUGCAACUGACCCCACAAGCUUGACAUUUUAAAAGCCAUGGACAAAUUAACCCUUUCAUGGAUUGUUCUCGCACUCUGUUAUUAUUUUCAUGAAAAUA